AUGCCGCUCAAGGUCUUUGAGUCCGCUGCGCCUGCGCCGUCGCAUCCCUCCUUGUCGCAUCUCUGCUUGCUCGUCUUCGAAGCUGUUCUGGAAGUAGUCUGCGUGAGCUUGCCGGGAUACAUUGUCGCGCGCCUUGGCCACUUCGAUGCCGAUAAGCAAAAGUUUCUGGCCAAUCUCAAUGUGAUGCUCUUCACGCCCUGCCUGAUCUUCACUAAGCUUGCAUCCCAGCUCAAUGCCGAAAAACUAUCCGAUCUUGCCAUCAUCCCCGCCAUUUUUGUCGUACAAACCCUCGUAUCAUGGGUAGUCUCGAUCUUGGUUGCCAAAGCAUUCCGAUUCAAUAAACGAGCGUCCAACUUCGUCACGGCCAUGGGCGUCUUUGGCAAUUCCAACUCACUGCCCAUUUCUCUAGUUCUGUCUCUCUCGCAGACAAUCAAGGGCCUUCACUGGGACAGGAUACCUGGCGAUAACGAUGACGAAGUCGGCGCUCGCGGCAUCUUAUAUCUACUUAUAUUCCAGCAACUCGGUCAACUUGUCAGAUGGAGCUGGGGAUACCACGUCUUGCUAGCCCCCAAGGAUAAAUAUGCCGAAUAUCAAGAUGAAAUUGCCGAAGAGGGCCAGUAUAGAUAUACGGACGAAGAGCCAACCGAACAGGAGCCGGAGAUUCUCAUUACUGGCCUGGACGGUGAUACCGAAGAUGAUGGCGAUAGCAAUGCUUCUCAAGUCUACAUACCUGCUGGACGCACACCCCUUGCGAACAAUUCCCGGGCUUCACUGGCUGCCUCCUCGGUCGAUAAUGACGAUGUGCUGAAUUUCAAAAAGGGCAAUUACCCUCAUGCAAGCGCGCUCGCCAAUACAGACUUGGAAGAUGAUAUUCUUUCAUUCCCUCGCAUCCGUCUUCGAGAUGAGACUGAAACCGAGCACGGAACUGCUGCUCGUAUCAAGAAAUCACUGCAUUCUCUCAAAGACAAAGCGUCUGCGGCCAUGACUCGCCAACAUCAGCGUCUUCCUCAGCCGGUAAAGACCUGCCUUUCUUUCAUCCACAUGUCAAUCACAAAGAUUUACGCAUUUAUCUGGGGCUUCAUGAAUCCACCUUUGUGGGCCAUGCUCAUUGCGGUCGUCGUUGCGUCUAUCCCGAAUCUCCAACAGCUCUUCUUUGAGGAUGGUUCUUUCGUCAAGAAUAGCGUCACCAACGCCGUUUCGUCUAGUGGAGGUGUUGCCGUGCCUUUAAUCUUGGUUGUUCUCGGCGCCAACUUGGCGCGCAACACUGCCGCUCACGAUUUCCCCAUUGACCCGGAAGAGGAAAAGAUUGGCACCAAGCUCUUGGUUGCCUCGCUGCUGAGCAGAAUGGUUCUGCCCACUCUGAUUAUGGCGCCCAUCCUGGCCCUUACAGCAAAAUACUUGCCCAUCAGCAUUCUAGAUGAUCCCAUCUUCAUCGUCGUAUGCUUCCUUCUUACCGGUGCACCUAGUGCGCUUCAGCUUGCGCAAAUAUGCCAAAUCAACAAUGUGUAUGAGCAGACCAUGGGAAGAAUCCUGUUUCAGAGCUAUGUUAUCUGGAUCCUUCCCUCUACACUGUUCCUUGUCAUGAUGGCACUCGAGGUCAUCGAGUGGGCAACAUUGAAUUAA